GGCGGAGGAGGAGCUGGCGUUGCAGCCGGUCCCCUCGGGCCGCGCCCCGCCCUCCGCCGCCACCUGCGCGUCCCCUCCGGGCUCUCCAACCCCCGGGCCAGGGCCGCGUGGGCUGUCGGUGCCGCAGCGGCCGUAUCACUGCGUCCGCCAAUUAGGACACUCGGCGUUUGGCUCCGUGGCGCGCGGGACGAGCUGAGCUGCCCGUUCUGGCGAGCGGAGGGGGCGCCGGCGCGCGUCCCUGCCGCCGCGCUCCCCGCGACGUUUUCGGCGGGGGUAGAGAACUGCUGUGACUUUUGAGGUCCUACUCCUCCUUCCGGCCGGCCUCGCGACGCGCCAGCUCGGAGCGAGGCCAGUGUGACCGGCAGGCCCCGAAGGCUCACUGCGUGAGGUUGGGGCUUGGAACGCGUCCGGGCGCCCGCGGCGCUGUGCGCGCUGGUGAGUUUGGUGGCGGGGUGGGGUAUCCCCGGCGCGAGGGGCGGAGAGGACGUCGCGCUCUGCCCCUUGGUCCGCCCCCUAGUGCUGCCCCCACUUUGAGAGUAAUUGAGACUUGAGCGUGACUGCGGAGCCGCGAGGAUGCGGGCUCCGGGCGCGGGCUUUCCCUCUGCCCGGCGUGAUGGAGCGGGUCGCUGAGCGGAACAAAGGCGCCCGCCCCGGGGAGCGGGUCCUGGGCUGAAGACCUCGGGCCGCGCGCCGCGACGGCCGCCUGCGGACGAGGGUGGUGGCCGUGUGGCCCGAGGCGCGGCGCGCUCCCCCGCGGGCGGGCGGCAAACCCUGAGCCCGGCACCUGCGCGCCACUCCCGGGCUUCGCUCCCGGCGGCCCGAGGAACAGCCGCGAGCCACUUGCUGGUGCCGCGGAGAGACCCACGGCCCCCGGCCCUUCGCCGAGAAGCCGAGGCGCCCGGAAGGGGCCGCGAGCCGUGAACUGAGCAGGCGUCUCCGGGAGCACUUCUGCACACCGAGGGCUUCCAUGGGAGCGAUUUCGCUCUCCCCCUGACCGCCCGGUCCUCCCAACCGUCUCCGCUGCCCGAGCAUCCGCGCUGUGGGGCCGGGAGCCGCGGGGCUCCCCGCCGGCAGUCGGGAGUGUGAGGCUCGCACGGCUCCCCGGCAGCUCCGCGCCUCGCGGGAGCCCGAGGGGGCGCGGGUCCGGGGCGCGGGCCGGCCGGGCGUGUUUGAUGGCUUCACUGAGAAGAGUCAAAGUGCUGCUGGUGUUGAACUUGAUCGCGGUGGCCGGCUUCGUGCUCUUCCUGGCCAAGUGCCGGCCCAUCGCGGUGCGCAGCGGAGACGCCUUCCACGAGAUCCGGCCGCGCGCCGAGGCGGCCAACCUUAGCGCGCACAGCGCCAGCCCCAUCCAGGAUGCGGUCUUGAAGCGCCUCUCGCUGCUCGAGGACAUCGUCUACCGGCAACUGAAUGGCUUAUCCAAAUCCCUUGGGCUCAUCGAAGGUUAUGGUGGACGGGGCAAAGGGGGCCUUCCCGCUACCCUUUCCCCGGCCGAAGAAGAAAAAGCCAAGGGACCCCAUGAGAAGUAUGGCUACAAUUCCUACCUCAGUGAAAAAAUUUCACUGGAUCGUUCCAUUCCGGAUUAUCGUCCCACCAAGUGCAAGGAACUGAAGUACUCCAAGGAGCUGCCCCAGAUCUCCAUCAUAUUCAUCUUCGUGAACGAGGCCCUGUCGGUGAUCCUGCGGUCAGUCCACAGCGCGGUCAACCACACGCCGACGCACCUGCUGAAGGAAAUCAUCCUGGUGGACGACAACAGUGACGAAGAGGAGCUGAAGGCCCCGCUGGAAGAGUACGUCCAGAAGCGCUACCCUGGGCUGGUGAAGGUGGUACGCAACCAAAAAAGAGAGGGCCUGAUCCGAGCUCGCAUCGAGGGCUGGAAGGCGGCCACUGGCCAGGUCACUGGCUUCUUCGAUGCCCACGUGGAAUUCACAGCUGGCUGGGCCGAGCCGGUUCUGUCCCGAAUCCAGGAGAACCGGAAGCGAGUGAUCCUCCCGUCCAUCGACAACAUCAAACAGGACACGUUCGAGGUGCAGCGCUACGAGAACUCGGCCCACGGCUACAGCUGGGAGCUGUGGUGCAUGUACAUCAGCCCCCCGAAAGACUGGUGGGACGCCGGAGACCCCUCUCUCCCCAUCAGGACACCAGCCAUGAUUGGCUGCUCCUUCGUGGUCAACAGGAAGUUCUUUGGUGAAAUCGGUCUCCUUGACCCUGGCAUGGAUGUGUAUGGAGGAGAAAAUAUCGAACUUGGAAUCAAGGUAUGGCUCUGUGGGGGCAGCAUGGAGGUCCUGCCUUGCUCACGGGUGGCCCACAUUGAGCGGAAGAAGAAACCCUACAACAGCAACAUCGGUUUCUACACCAAGAGGAAUGCUCUCCGGGUUGCUGAGGUCUGGAUGGAUGAUUACAAGUCUCACGUGUACAUAGCGUGGAAUCUGCCACUGGAGAAUCCAGGAAUUGACAUCGGUGAUGUCUCCGAAAGAAGAGCCUUGAGGAAAAGUUUAAAGUGUAAGAAUUUCCAGUGGUACCUGGACCACGUUUACCCAGAAAUGAGAAGAUACAAUAACACCAUUGCAUAUGGGGAGCUUCGAAACAACAAGGCUAAAGACGUCUGCUUGGACCAGGGGCCACUGGAGAACCACACAGCAAUACUGUACCCAUGCCAUGGCUGGGGACCCCAGCUUGCCCGCUAUACCAAGGAGGGCUUCCUGCACUUGGGAGCCCUGGGGACCACCACGCUCCUCCCUGACACCCGCUGCCUGGUGGACAACUCCAAGAGUCGGCUGCCCCAGCUCCUCGACUGUGACAAAGUCAAGAGCAGCCUGUACAAGCGCUGGAAUUUCAUCCAGAACGGAGCCAUCAUGAAUAAGGGCACGGGGCGCUGCCUCGAGGUGGAGAACCGGGGCCUGGCUGGCAUCGACCUCAUCCUCCGCAGCUGCACGGGACAGAGGUGGACGAUUAAGAACUCGAUCAAGUAGCGGGGAGGAGCAGGGGCCCCCGGAGCCUGGCCCCCGGGACAAGGUCUGCCCGUCUUCUGGGCCAGCCGCACUGGUGAAGAGACAGCGAGGAGCCAGCCGGGGCUCAGCAGCCCUUCCGGGGCUUCUCCAGGGGCCCCGGAUGGAGACUUGGUGUCCCCAGUGGGCGCUCAGCUGCCGUGAGGCUCGUGCCCCCUGGAAAAGCCCCCCGACCCUUCUCUGGGAACCCGGGAGCCGUGUCUUCUGCAGCCUGGAUGUGGACCUCGUACCAUGGAGUGAACCCCCCACGUCCUCCUCGUCGUCUUCGCAGCCACAAUCAGGACUGGGACCGGCAGGGGCCCCUCCUCGUCCUCGUCUCUUGCAGCUGCAGCAGCUUCUGAGUGCCACCCCGACCCUCGGCAAGGUGGGGGGUGGCGCUCAGUCACGUCCUAUCUGCCCCUCCUCAGAGGAGGCGGUCAGGCCCUGGGACUCCGUUUCCCUGGAGGUUGCUUCUGCCCCGAUGCCCAUUUGCAGCCCGAGGCAGCCUCCACCCCAACCCUUAGCGGCAGACGGCUUUGGCGGCUACGGCCCUGGACUUUUCUGGACCCUCCCUUAGAUGGCCUGGAAGGAAUUAAUGCUUCCACGGUCACCAGGGCGCUAGGCUCUCGCGUUCCGGGGCCAGCUGCUCUGCCCGUGUCCGCAGGGAGCCAGACACAGAAAGAGGCUGAGCACGUAGGGAGGUCAUGGCUGUGAGGGGCCCUCCGGGCUGGAGCCGGGCCAGUGCGGCUCUGCCCUCGGGAGACCAGGGGGCCCUGACUCAUGACCAGGGAGGCCGCCAUGGGAGCCUCCACCUGGAGCUUUAGGACUGAGGCCAGCACAGCACGGGGGUCGGGGCGGGGUGAGAGCAGGACCCUGGAAAACGCUCCGGGUUCAUCUCAUCUCACCCCAUGCUCUGCUGGCUGACAGGGGAGAAGGCAGUCGAUUCCUCUCUGCAGAGUAAUAAUUGUUUUCGAUUGCCCUCUGGUUAGGGUGCACUUGUAAAUCAGAGUUAAUAUAUGGACGCGUGUGCAUGCCUACGAGUGUGUGUGCCUGCGUGGUGUGCGUGUGCGCGUGCAUGUGUGUGUCUGGGCGUGCGCCUCCGAGUGUGUGAUAGAGCGGGUGUCAGAGUGUGGCCUCGGGCUUGCCGCUUCGUCGCUCACCUGGAUCAGGGCGAGGCUGCCGGAAGUAUGGGGGGUUGGCCACCCAUCUGUGGCCAGGAGGACGCGGCCCAGCCUGGCCCCAUGUGGCGCCCCAGAUGGAAGGCUGUCCCUUCUCCCAGGUCCCUCUCUGUCCCUCAUGCUGUCCCCAAGGGUCAAGCCCUGCCCAGAACCAAAUCCUGUAGUUGCCCGGUUUGGGGUUCACAGUGUCUCAUUUGGUGGCAUCUUAUUGGUGAUCCCCCUCCCCCAAUUCCUCCCUUGUGAAAUAAAUACAUGUGAGCACUUCCCCAA